CAAUGCCAGUCACCAGUCAGUUACAGUGCGCCAACCGUAUCGAUACCAUGUUCGUAUUAUUAUUCUGUGCAGCAAUCGUUUCGGGGAUUUUGUGGCUAAUAUAUUCUCACAGAAACUUUGUAAACAGACGAAAAAAGUACUUGCAGAAUGUGCCGGGACCAAAGCCGAAUCCCAUUUUUGGGAAUAUGUUGGAGUUUGCUGGCCCCUCUUACAAAAUAUUGGACACCAUGAAAAAAUUUUUAACAAAUCACGGUCCGAUUUGCCAUAUUUACCUUGGACCACUGAGUGAUGCUGUGUUAGUGUCAGAUGAGAAAUUUAUAGAAUUUAUCCUUAGUUCCAGUAAGAUUAUUGAUAAAGCUAGUCAAUACGACUAUCUUCAUAGUUGGUUGGGAACAGGACUUUUAACUAGCACAGGGCAAAAGUGGAAACAGAGAAGAAGAACGAUAACUCCAGCGUUUCAUUUUUCAAUUUUGGAUAAUUUUGUAGAUGUUUUUAACGAUGUAGGAGAAAUAUUUGUUCAAAAACUUGAAGAGCAUGUAGGCGAAGAAAAUUUUAAUAUCUAUCCUAUGGUUUCAUUGUGUACUUUGGAUAUUAUUUGCCAAGCCGCAAUGGGAGUGUCCGUUAAUGCACAAACUGAUGGCAACUCAGAAUACGUUAGGAAUGUAAAGGAGAUGUGCAGAAUUCUAACCGAUAGAAACUUUUCUCCACUGGAUCCAAGUCUCUACCCAUUUACUAUAAAUUACUAUAAAGAAUUAAAAGCUAUUAAAGUUCUUCAUGAUCAUACUGAUUCAGUAGUUAAUAGAAAAAUAGAAGAGUUGAAAAAAUCCGAGGAGAAAAAUCAAAAUUAUGUUGACGAUGAUGGCGUAAAAAGAAAGUUUGCCUUUUUGGAUUUGCUGUUAAAGAGCACAAUUAAUGGAAAGCCACUAAGUAAAUCAGAUAUCCGAGAGGAAGUUGACACAUUUAUGUUUGAAGGACACGAUACCACAUCAUCCGCUAUAUCUUUUGCUUUAUACUUAUUGGCUAACCAUCCUUUAGUACAGGCUAAGGUUUAUCAAGAACAGAAAGAAAUAUUUGGUAAUUUACAUAAUGUGAAAAAUACUAUAAACGAUUUACAAAAUAUGAAAUAUCUAGAUCUAGUUGUCAAAGAAACUUUAAGAAUGUAUCCAUCAGUUCCAUUUUACGCACGAAAAGUUACUGAGGACUUUAUAUGGGGAGACAUUGCAUUUCCAAAAGGUAUAGAAAUAGUAGUAUUCCCGUAUGUUUGCCAAAGAAAUCCAGAAUAUUUUCCAAAUCCGUUACAAUUUAUUCCAGAGAGGUUUGUGGACAUAGAUGGAAAAAAUCCUUAUAGAUACGUCCCCUUCAGCGCAGGACCAAGAAAUUGUAUAGGUCAAAAAUUCGCCAUGCUAGAAAUUAAAAGUACAGUUUCCCAAGUUAUUAGAAAUUUUGAACUAUCUCCAGCAAAAGAAGAAAAACCAAUGCAGCUAGCUCCAGAGAUUAUAUUGGUAUCAAAAAAUGGUAUACGGCUAUCACUUAAGAAGCGAGUUUAGAAUAUAUUAUGCAUUUUUUAAUUAGUUAUAUUACUGUUAUUGUGAUAUAUGUGUAUACAUUUCUUAUACUAGGAAAAACUUCUGAUAAGUUUAAUUUUAGAUAAGUUUCUUUGAUUGAGAACUUUUUGAUUUUUGACAAUAAAGACAACGAAAAAACA